AUGCUCAAUUGGUUGGCGGAAGCUCUGCCGCAAAUGCCACUGGAUCCAAUUGAACUGCCGCACCUCGUGCGGGAACCAAACGAUAUCGAGAGCAAUCCUGUACAGAAUGCUCCUGGACAUCAGUCCGAUCGCUCUAUCCACAGCUUAGAGUGGACCGCUGAAAUCAAUACAGAGGUGACAUCACUGCGCUCUAGAGCGACAGGCCGCACGGGUGCUUUCAAUCCCACUGGUUUAUAUCGAGAGCUAUUCACGAUCGCAUCCGUUUUCCGUAUUGGUAAUGUAACGCAGUACUAUGGCGUGUUUCACGCGUAUAACGGUAUAACUGCCUGCUGGUCAAAGGUCGAGGGCGGCCAGGAGACGGUCGGGGUAAUACGGCCCGAGGGCAGAUGA